GAAUUCCCUUUUUUACCCUUCUCUCACCAAAAACAAAAGGAUGAUCGUUUCGCUUUCCUCACUCCAAUUUUGAUAGCUACACAGUUACACAGCUCCAAUUUUACUGUGGCGAUGGCAACCCACAUCGCAAAGUUGAUUUGAUUGUUUUCUGUGGUGAUGUAUUCCUAUAUGAGAAAGAACCUAGGUGAUUUUUGGUUCUAAAUCACUCAUGGAUUGCAACAAAGAGGAGGCAAUCAAGGCAAUGCAACUUGCUGAAAGAAAGACGCAGGAUAAUGAUUUUACAGGAGCAAGGAAGAUAGCACAGAAGGCUCAACAACUCUUCCCGGGGCUUGAGAAUAUUUCUCAAUUACUUGCAGUAUGUGAAGUUCAUUGUUCAGCUGAAAAUAAGCUAGAUGGCAGUGAAAUGGACUGGUAUGGGAUUCUGCAGGUUCAAAGAUUUUCUCAUGAGGCAAUCAUCAAGAAACAAUUCAGAAAACUCGGGCUGUUACUUAAUCCUGAUAACAACAAGUUUGCUGGUGCGGAGGCUGCUUUUAAGCUGAUCGGGGAAGCAAAUGCAGUGCUGGACGACCGAGGAAAACAUUUUAGAUAUGACAUGAAGUGUAGAGCUCUUCUGAGAACUGGUGUAAUACAAUCAUCAUCUCAUCAGUUUAAUGAAAAUGUAUUUGUCAGGAAACACUGUGAUGCUGCAAGAAAUGUUCAGAAUAUUCCCGAGUCACAGUGUGCUAGCAUGAAUGAACUUCAAAAGGGGAAAGCAGACACAUUCUGCACUUGUUGUCCUCUCUGUAAAACAGUGUAUCAAUGUGCCAAAGACUCGGCAAAUCGAUUGUUACGUUGUCAAAAAUGUCGAAGACUUUUUGUUGCCUCUGAUUGUGGUAUUCAAGGGGUGCACCUAGAAACUCUCAGGAACCAGUUUGCAAAUCAUACAGAACUUCCUAACCAGAUUCCUAUACAAGUAGCCUCAAAUCAUGGUGGAACUGGAAAUCUACCUGUUACAAGAUCUCAAACUGGAAAUGCAGCCUCAAAUCCUGUGUCAAAGGCGGGAGUUGCUGCUGAUGUUGAUGGAGCUUCUAACACUCAAAAGAAAAAUAGUGAGCAUGGGGUUGCAGUAAGGAAGGAGGGUGUUGAAAUAUCCAAGUCUGGUUCAGUGAAGUCCAAGGAGUCAGGACCUUUGAGAAAUCUGAACAAAAAAAGAGGGAAGUCAAUUGAAUCUGUUGGAAGUUUCAAGACUGGAAACAGAGCUAGACCUGAUUCUGAGCAUGUUAUUCAAGAAAAAGUCGGUAUUCCUUCUGAACUCAAUGGAAGCCCUCACCUUUGCAUAUCUUCGAUGAAAGAGAAGAACCUUUCUUACAUUGGUAAUGAUGAUGAUGAUGAUUUUGUGAACCCUCCAAACUGGUCAGGGAAGAGCCCACUGUCCAGUGCUACUGAAAAGAAAAGAAAGAAUGCAGCUGCGUAUGGUGGGUGUGGGUCAUUUAAUAUUGAUAGGUCACCUUAUUCUGCUGAUGCUGCUGUGGAUGGACAUAAGAAGAAGGCAAGACAAAAAGUAAGCUUCCCUUUAGAAGAAUGUAUGCCCAGCAAAAAGAGUAAAACUGGGGAACCUGUGCCAGAUAAUGAUGAAACCAACUUCAAAGCUAAUGUCACUCCUGGGCCAAAUGUAGAUGUCGCAUCCACACCACAACUCAUUGAGGUUCCUGAUCCUCAAUUCCAUAAGUUUGUGCUUAAUGAAGAUAAGUUAGCAAGUAUUUUUAAAGCUAAUCAAACAUGGGCUCUUUUUGAUGAUGAAGCAGAUGGCAUGCCCAGGUACUAUGCUUUUGUCAAGAAAGUAUUACACACCCCGGGAUUUAAGCUGAAAAUCAUCUGGCUGGAUGCCAAUCCAGAUAACCGAGGUGAGAUUGAUUGGUGCGAAAAGGAGUUGCCAGUUGCUUGUGGUAAGUUCAAACUUGGGAGUACUGAAGAAAUUACAGAUCAUCGUAUGUUUUCUCAUCAGGUGCAUUGCAGAAAAGGCAGGGGUAAAAGCUCUUUUCUUGUAUAUCCUAGGAAGGGUGAAACUUGGGCCCUCUACAAGAACUGGGAUAUUGUAUGGAGUUCUGAGCCUGAAAAGCACAUACCAUACAAAUAUGAAUUUGUUGAAGUCCUGUCGGAUUUUGUUGAUGACAUUGGAACUGAAGUUGCUUCUUUAGCCAAAGUAAAAGGAUUUGUCAGUCUGUUUGAGCAAAAGAAGCAGAGUGGUGAUAGCUUGCGUCGAAUUCCUCCUAAUGAGCUAUAUAGAUUUUCGCAUCGAAUUCCUUCUUUCAAGAUGACUGGGAAUGAAAGAGAUGAUGUUCCGAAAGGGUCCUUUGAGCUUGAUCCUGCUUCUUUGCCCACCAAUCUUGAUGAACUAUUCUAAAAGUCUUCCAAGGAAGUCAACUUUAUUUUAUGUAUUCUUGUUAAACUGUGCUUGGGCAACCGAGGGGAAGUGCAGCUUCAUGUUAGGCACACAUGAUGUUCCUUUCAGGUUGUGUACAUGGGAAUUAUGGUAGAGCUCGGUGCCUGUAUGCUAUGUUUCUUCUCAUCAAAAUGGGUUUUGGAGUUUGGUGGCUAAACUUGCAAGUCGUUUGCAUGCAAAGACCGCAAGGCGCUUUGAGUUGUGUUACAAUCUUGAAAGAUGAAUCUUCAUUCAUCUUUCGCAGGUUCUUUAUUUUCAUUGAGAGUUCUGGCAAGCUCGGAAUAUGGGAUACGCCGUUCUAACUGUUGCUAAACCGGAAUCUCCCAUUCUCGAUUAUCAGAUCUCUAUUUUCAUUGAUGUGAUUAAGAAGAUUGUACAUUUAAAAAGAUCAACUUUCAUUU